UUGGAGGCGGUGAUCGCUCAUGUUUAUCUCAGUAUAGGCACCCCCGAAAUUGUUAUACCCGGAAAAACAACGAUGGCUGCUGGUCUUAUCAGCUCAGCGGCGCUUGGGCGGAAAACUCGCGAUCUACGCAAGCCUUGUGAUAGAUAACCAUUUUUCCAACUCCCACCGUAGUCCAGACUAUUCCAGGACAACGUCUCGUAUCUACCAGAUUCGCAAGCCAGUUCCUUCUUUUGCGUCUGGAUCUGGGCUUUCAGCGGCGGCAGAAUCCGAGCACAGUGCAUUGGUUGACGGUCGAACUUGCAGUACUGUUUAUCCCAGAGUUGGAUUUUCGGCUUGCACCGUUAUUUUCUGCACGCAUCCACGCGCAUCUUUGAGGGUCUGCCGUUCAUCAGAUGCCAAAGGGUCCGUUUUCAUGUCCGCUGCAACAGCUGUUGCUGUGGCGCCUGCCGAAAGUAUUCUCAGGGCACAACAAGUCUCUUCUCCUUCCUCUCUCGAUUCGCCGCAAUUAUGUGUUGGGGUUCAACAAGCAUGAGGCCCGGGAAUUCGGUGGAAAUAAGCUUUUUAAAGUGUCGCAUCAGCUGUCCGGUGUCUCGGUUGUAAGCAGAACAACCAGAAACAUACAUUCCCAUGUCCUUUCAGGUUUGGGAAAUCGAAGACGACGUAAGUGGGUCGGACUUUGAAUUUUUUUUCAAUCCUCUCAGGCCUUUCGUCGCGCGUAGAUUUGGAUCUCAUCUAUCAUCUAUCCCUCCAGCCGUGCGAGGAACAUCUGCCUGAGCGCCGGGCCGUUCACCCCAUUGCAUGGGCAAAACCCGAGCCGCGACUUGCCGGUGAAUCGCUCUUAGCAAUCUGGAGCUUCCCGACGGGAACUUGCCCGCAGGGGAAGGCGCAGGACUUGGCCUGGAUGGAAGAAAAUGGGAAUCGAGGUGUCAAUGAGUCAUGUGACUCUGCCGCAACUGUUCCGCUGACCAAGCGGUGGCAACACCCUCUAGCUCUCUUCUCGCUCUGAUCCUCGAUCGGUGUAUUUACGUUCGCGUUUUUCUGUCGCCGCGUCUGUCGGGAACUCACGCGUGUGUUCUCGAUAGAUGGCUUCUUCUGCCCAACCUCUCAAGUUUUCGCCGUCGACUCCUGCCAAAAGCCCUGAAUCGGGCGAGCGCGGGCAGACUCCCCCUGCACCCGCUAGCAAACCGAACGCCCCAAAGACGUCAAUCGGCCCAGGGGACAUAUCGAGUCCCCACGAACUGACAGCUUUCGUGGAGUCGCUUCUUGAGCAGUUGGAUACCAAGUUCGAUGAGAUGUCGAGCCAGAUCCUCGAAAGAAUGUCUCAGAUGUCGACGCGCGUCGAUGCACUGGAGGCGUCCAUUCACGACAUCAUCAAUGGCGAAUAGUAGUAGAGGAGGUGUGAUGAGAGUCUGUAUCCAUAUGUAUUAUCUGUGCGUGCACCAUCCCGCUCCAUCCAUGCCCUUCAUGUGCAGCCCUAGGCCUCACGUAACAUUCUGUACACCAAUGCCACUUGUCUUCCUCGCUUCAGAAACUGCGGCGUUACAAUGCGACUUCUCUCUCGUCUUGGGGCACUUCGUCAGGUCCCGACGAAAACGGCGGGAUCAAAUUGUUCUCCUGUACCCAUUGUCAGACAUGCGCCAAGUUUCGGGUAUCCGCCUGAUGUCUGGUUCAGCGCAGGCCCAUCUCCUUUCAUGGAUACCAUCACCAGCCUCCUUCCUCGAUUCCGGCGGAGCAGACAGAAGCGCUUUAGUGCCACCAGACCACAGCGUGUCGGACAGCAGGUCAUCCAGGGCCAGCCCGUUAUCCUUGAGGGAGUUCUCGACAUCUCGAAAGAAGCUCGCGAUGCGAUCGCAGAGGGAAAGGCCCAGAACGGGUGGCAUCCAUUCGAAAUGGGUAUCCGACCGGAUUCACCCACCGGCUCCAGCGGUUCUUCGAGCGGUUCUUCGAAGGCGCAGCAGCUGCAGCAGGAGCAGCAGGAGCAACAGCAACAGCAUUCUGCGGGCCAAGUGCAUCGACCGCUGUCGUCUUCUCCUCCAUUCGAUCCUCCGGAGAUGACGAGUCCUUCUCUGUCUGCAAAGACUGUCAUGCCCAGAGACCCGGACGGCCGACGUUUCGCCCAGUCAAUCACCAUUCCUGCUAGGCCCGAUGCGGCUCCUCCGCUGCCACUCGCACGCGAUUCGCUCAUCCACAGCCUCCGUCGGCAGCCCCGAUACACCGAGCUGAACAGCCUGUCCCCUAUUCGGCGGUGUCGUACCUUUCCGCUGUCUGUCGAAGCCGAGCCCGCUGUCUUGGCUCCUGUGGGGAGGGACGAAUGCAGCAGCAGCAGCAGGAACAGUAACAGUGCUAUACGAGGUCCCGAGAAGCCCCGAGAAGCGAGCACUACGGGGCCAAACGAGUCGCUGCUACCUAGCUGGGCGGGCUUUGCGUUCCCGAUGCCCCCGAAAGCGACCUUCACGAAGCGCUGGACACCGACGAUUCCACCUUCGACGUCCCUGCCGGUUGACGGGAUGGGACACGUCGAGCCGCUGUCCAUCGUCAAGCGGGAGUCCGGCUCAACCAGCAGUUCGCGCGGGACAUCCGAUAGCUCGCGAUCCAGUGCGGUGGUCAUCAACGAGCUGCUUUCGUCGCUGGAUGACAUGUACGCGGAGAUACGCUCGGCCGCGUCAGAGGGCCGCGAUUCGUUUGUGUCGAUCCCGCUCGAUUCGCCGCUGGAGUCUCUGCCGGAUCUGGAUGGGGCUGAGACCUGGGCUGCUACGUAUUCGCUGGCAGAUGAGCCGGCCGCCUUCGUUUCUCGGGCUGCACCGCCUCGCAGUCCGUCCGCGGAACGACACUCCUGGAUCGCGUUGUGUCCCCACUCGUUUGUCCUCGAGCGUGCCAAGACGGUCGAGAGAUAUCGCCGGCGGGGUGUCGCCUCCAGGUCACUGCCUGAUCUCGCAUGUUUGGCUUGACGUUGUCAUCACUUAGUUCAUGUCAGGACAGUAGGUACUCAAACUACUACAUAUUGCUGCUAAGUAUGUACCACGGUCUAUGAAAUCGAUUGUCAAUUGACGACAUGCGUCUCGGACCGGAGAGCACGACGAGCCUGGACGGGAAUCAGCGAGCGUCCUGUGAGAAACCCAGAGAGGCCUGCCGCGACGAUCGUUUCUGGACCUGAGAAUCUGUCCGCUGGAUCAGGAUCUGUGGCCCUGUCCGUGCUCUGCUGCCCUGUGGUGAUGCCGCUAUAAGUAGUCAGAUACCGCAACACACUAACACCACAGCACACCGGGCAGUGCCCACGCGGCACCCGACGACGAAUCGGUCAUUUGGGCUGGGAUCUUGAACAUGGAAGUCUCCUGGAAGAACACACAGCGUGAUCGUGUUCGCGCGCGCAGGAUAUCGAUUGCCAGGGAUCGCGCGACGCGUGAGAGCGGCCCCUGCCUUCCCUUCCUCGCCGGCAGCGGCAGCGGCUGCGUCCGUUAUCGAUAGUCGGCAGCAGCGAGCGAUCGUCAACGCGGCCGAGGCCGUGCCUGGCUCUGGGAUGGCAGGCCCGAGAAAAGAACAGACAGGCAUUCCUCGUUCGAGAUGAUCUGCGGCCCCGUGGACGGUCGAUGUGAUUUGCCACACGCCCGGAGCUUGCGGGCGGCCUGCGAGUCGACCCUGGUGGAGAGCACCAAGAAUGCUGCGGCACCGGCAGAAUGCUACUCCCCUGGUCUGCUGAUUAUCGACAGGGCACUCGCGGGUGGCCCUCGCAGCUAUUUAUGUCUGUCCAGAGCCGUUUCGAGUGACAACAGUACCAUAGAUGGUCGAGAGCAGAUGCCAGAAGUUCUCCCACUGCCGAGUCGGUUCGCAGAGAGAUCAAAACAGAAUUUCUGGGUCGUCUCAGGGAAGAUGGGACGGGCUUGACGGUAGGAUGUCUCCGAGAGAUGAGAUCUCAGGGUGCGGGACGACUGCAUAAACUGCAUCCGCGAUCCCAGCGCGUCGGUUUUCAACGUCAGAGACUCGGAUAAGAGUGAUCGGGCCGUGCGCGGCCGGGCCUGACCGGCCCUGGGGACUGCUGCUAAACAAACAAGGGGCAACAUCAGCCGCUGAGUGACGCUGACUGUACAUACUUGUGGUGUUGUGUAUGAUGGCAGUGCGGCGGGCCGUCGACCUCGAGAAGAUUGGACCUGGAGUGUAUGUCUCCCAGCCUGCAGCACAUGCGCAGAUUGAAAAAUCUCUGGAGCCAGGGUCCGUGCACAUAUCUGACUGGCACGCGCAUUUCUG